AAACGAAAGAUCUUUCCAAUCAAUUUGGAACUCCAACAAAUCCUUAAAUCCUAACAAGCAGGCAACUCCAAAAUUCAGAAAUUUUGUGUUUUAAUGGCAGCUAACAAUACUCGGACGCCAGAGGGCAUAGAUAAGGAACAGGCCUUCGUUAUGGCACAAUCAGAUAUGGAGUAUAGGAUAGAAAUGUUUAACAGGCUUGCACAAACAUGUUUUAUCAAAUGUGUUGACAAGAGGUACAAGGAACGUGAGCUAAAUAUGGGUGAAAAUAGUUGCAUUGAUCGCUGUGUGUCCAAAUACUGGCAGGUGUGGUCUUAUUGGUCAGAUGCUGAGCGCUGGUGGUCGGCCUCCUCCGAUGUAAAAUAUCAGAAUCAUCUUCUCGUAAAUAUGCUAUACCUUUAUGAGCAGGCCUGCUUCUGUAGAAGCUGGAGGCUGAAGCUCACAUAGAUGGGUUUAUUAUGCCUGAAUUGAUUUGGUCUUUGAUAUUUUUUGAAGCUAUAUCACAGUUUUGAAUUACAGAAAUAAAAGAUUCUGUUGCGA